GGGAGGGUUCAUGUGGGGGCCGGGCACAGCGCUGCCAGGUGUUGGUGCUGCCAGGGGACUCAGGGCUGGUCUCUCCUGGGUCCUGUGGCCAUGAUGGUCCCGCAGCCACAUUGACACCACGGUGAGGGGCUCCACUGAGAGCCACCGUCCCUGCCACAGCUGGUUAAUGAGUGACCAGCUGUAACCGGGCACUGGUGCAGCACCAGCACUGCCCACCCACCACCAGCGUUCGGCCGGGCACCGCUGUGCUUCGGUGGCACUGCAGCACCAGGAAAGCCCCAUUGCAGCGCAGCACAGGAGCACCCAGAGCCCGGGAUUUGCAUGCUGGUGAUUAAGACAAUGAAGCAAUCAGCACUGUUGCCACAUCGGUGUGAAUCCCCACAGCCCUCUAUAAAAUGCCCCGAUCGAUGAGGGCGCGCAGAGCGGGGCAGGGCACCGAGCCGGGCCGGGCUGUGCUGCAGGAGGAGACACGGAGCUGUGCACCAUGUGCUGCCUCACCCAUGUGCUGGCGCUGGCGCUGGUGCUGGGCGCCCUGUGGCAGGCGCUUCAUGGGGCUCCUCUGGCCGAGCUCUCUGGGGACCACGACUUCCAGCUCUUCCUGCACAAGAACCUGGAGUUCACCCGCAAGAUCAGGGGGGACGUGGCCGCUCUGCAGCGCGUGGUGUGUGACACCUUCCAGCUGUGCACGGAGGAAGAGCUGCAGCUGGUCCGGCCGGACCCCCCCCUUAUGCAGGCACCGCUGGAUCAGUGCCACAAACGCGGCUUCCAGGCGGAGGUUUGUUUCGGUCAGAUCCGAGCCGGGUUACACUCGUACCACGACUCGCUGGGCACCGUCCUGCAGCUGCUGCCCGAGCACACGGCGCUGGUGGAGACGCUGCAGUUGGACGCCGCCAACCUGUCGUCCAACAUCCAGCAGCAGAUGGAGGAUCUGGGCCUGGACACGGUGACUCUCCCCGCCCAGCAGCGCAGCCCCCCGCCCGCUUUCUCCACCCGUUUCCAGCAGCAGGUCGGAGGAUUCUUCAUCCUCGCCAACUUCCAGCGCUUCCUGGAGACGGCGUACCGAGCGCUGCGCCACCUCGCCCGGCUCUGACCCCGCCGCCCUUCCCCGCUUAUUUAAUAUUUAUGGCUAUUUAAUAUUUAUCCGGCCGGGUGGGGGGGUCCCGCCGCCCCCCCCCAGCCCCCACGCAGGGUGCCGGCCCUGCGCCGCCGUCCGUGCACGGGUCUCUGUGCAGCACCAGCCAUGUUUAAUAUUUAAACACAAGCGUAUCUCUGCUACGAGGAUUGAGCCGGGCUGAGCUCGGCGACCCCACCGGGAUCCCUCACCCACCGCCAGGGGAUGCAGGGACGGGGCCGCGAUGUCGCCGCCGUCGGGCUCGUUUCUAGGAGCGGAAUUUAUCCGCUGUCGGUGAGGAGGGGAGCGGCCCGGGAUGGGGUCCCACCGUUGGGGCUGAGGCUCCGCUCUGCCCGCACUCGGCUCCUAUUUAUUGCAGCGUAACUUAUUUGUGCCCCCUCCUACGCCUACAUUCGUGUCUCAGAAUCUCUCGGCUGCUCCCGGUCCUCCCAGCGCUGUUUCGUACUGUAUUUAUUCCUGCAGCUGGGUCGGCCCCCAGAGCAGCUCGUGCUGCUUUUUAUAUAUGUCACAACGAUGGAAAUAAAGUCGAUUUGGGCUCCAACA